AUGACAGAAUGGGAUUGGGACGAAGAGACAUGGGCAAACUAUUGCAUCCAGAUGCUCAUGCACUACCCAGAUUACGACCUCCACGAGUUUGCGCGUGAAAUCGAGGAUGACACACCAGCACGCGAGAUCGACAAGCGCAUCCGCCGCUGGAAGAAGGAGGCCGCCGCUCUCAAGGACAAGGCCGCUGGUGGCGACGGUAUCAUCGAGAGCUCUAAAAAGUCCAAGAAGAAGAAGAAGAAGGUCAAGUCUGGUCAGAGCAAGGGUGGCGUCAAGACAGGCCGCGUCAAGAAGAAGAAGGCCGCCGAUGCCCCCAAGAUCAAGCCUGAGCGCAUUCCUGAGGAUGAGGGUAUGGAGGGUAUGGAGGGUACUGUUGGGGAGGAUAGCGAUGGUGUUGACGAGGGCGUUGACGAGAUUGAGGAGGUCUAG